AUGGACGUCACCGUGGACGUGCACGAGUUGUUCAAGUACCCCUUCGAGCAGGUGGUCGCCAGCUUCCUCCAAAAGUAUCCAAACCCCAUGGAUAAAAAUGUCAUCUCUGUAAAAAUUGUGGAGGAAAAAAAAGAUGUGUCCACAGUGAUCAUCUAUAGAAAGAGGAUUGCAGUCUGUCAAAAUGUGGUUCCAGAAAUUUUAAGGAAGGUGAAUAUUUUAAAGGUACCUAAUGUCCAGUUAGAAGAGGAAUCAUGGUUCAAUCCUCAGCAAAGGAACAUGGCUAUAAGGAGUCACUGCCUUACAUAGACACAAUAUGCAUCUAUGAAGGAAGAGUCUGUCUUCCGGGAAAGUAUAGAAAAUCCAAAUUGGACAGAGUUCAUUCAAAAAGGCAGGAUUUCAAUCACAGGGGCUGGUUUUCUCAACUGCAUUUUGGAAACUUUUGCCAGCACAUUUUUAAGACAGGGUGCCCAGAAGGGAAUUAGAAUAAUGGAGAUGCUGUUAAAGGAACAGUGUGGUGCCCCGUUAGCUGAAUGAAGAAUCAUCAGGAAGCUGUGUUGUGUCUACUUUUGCUCGAGAAUCUUUUCUCGGACACAACACAUCCAAAGAUAUAAUUUUCGAAAUACAGGUAUAAGAAUGCGGUGUUGGCAGCUUACAGAAGAGGAAACCUCUCUGCCAGGAUAUGACAUGAUACACUCCCCCUGGGAGCCGACCUCAAAUAGCGGCUCUCGUGGAGCUGAGACCUUCUGGUUGAUUCUUAUGGCAUAAUCUCUACGAUUUUACAAAUAAAGGAAAAACCCCAGAGAAGGUGAUGUCUGCCCUUCUUCAGGAUGUCCUGCUGAUUGCCUGGUGACGGUGUUGGGGCAGCCAAGGAUGGGCCAGAGGCAUGGAAAAUGCUGCUUUUGCCUGUUUGUUCUCUACAUCAUUGCUCAUAGGAUUCAUGAGAGGAUUCUGGGACGAAUAAAGGACUUAAACCUGUUACCUGAUUCUUAGGUGGCCUGGAAUAGACAG